GGGAGCGGCGUGGGCGGGGCGGGGCCGGGUGGUGCGGCGGGGCCGCUGCCGCUCUGCUUCCCGGUGCGGCUCCCGGUGCGCUUCCCGGGGCCCGAGCAGCACAGGGCCGGGCCGGGCCGGAGAGGGUCAUGGCGCUGUUGCUGGAGCACGAGUUCAAGCCGCUGCCCGCUGACAAGCAGAUAGAGACGCUGCCCUUCCUAGAGGCCGUGGCGCACCUGCCGCCCUUCUUCGAUUGCCUAGGGACUCCCAUUGUCUACUCGCCAGUCAAAGCUGACCUGACUGGAAAUAUCAAGAAAAUCCGGGCAGUUUAUGACUCCAACCCCACCAAGUUCAAAACCCUGCAGAACAUCCUGGAGGUGGAGAAGGAGAUUCACGGUUCAGCAUGGCCCAAGAUUGGUGCAACACUGGCAUUGAUGUGGUUGAAAAGGGGCUUGAAGUUCAUGCUGGUGUUGCUGCAGAGCAUCUCUGACGGCGAGCGGGAUGAGGAGCAUCCCAACCUCAUCCGUGUGAAUGCCAUGAAGGCUUAUGAGAUUGCACUGAAGAAGUACCAUGGCUGGAUGCUGCAGAAGCUCUUCACGGGCUCAGUCUACGCUCUUCCAUACAAAUCUGAUUUGCUGAAGGCGCUGGAGAAGGGGAAGGAGGUCAAAGAGGAGGAGAGCAUUGAGAAGAUCCACCAGUUCCUCUCAAGGGUCACCCCCAUCCUGGAUGCCAUUUACGAGAUGUACACGAAGAUGAAUGCAGAGCUGAGCUACAAAGCCUAGACCAUAAUAGUUCCUAUUUUUGCUAAGAAUAUGGCAAUAAACUGGUGGUGGCAUCGUAGGAUUGCCCAACAUUUUGUACUAAAGAAGCACUAUAAGAGUUUUGGGUCCUGACCACCAGCUGUGGCACAUGUGGCUGGUGGCACCAUCCCACCUUGGCUGUACCCUGACUCUCAGACCCCACCCGAUGGGCACCCAGUGAAGAGCUUCCCAAAUGAUGCUGGUGAUGGAGGAGCUGAUGACUACCCUUGGGGGACCCCAAGGUGGGACUGAACCCCCUCAGCUGGGAAUCCCCCACGCUGGCUGAAGCUGAGGGACUGUCCCCAACGUGGUGUUGGUGGGAACAUGUGGUGCCUUAUGAACCUGCAGCCUUAUGGCACCGCUGAGCCCCAGGCCGGCGCGGAGCUGACUUAAUAAAAGCUGACGGUAACCUCA